AUGGUAAUACAAGCAAGCUCAAUGGACCAUGGCCAAUACAGGAUCAACAUCACAAUCAUCAUAUUAUGGCAAAUCUGGAAAGCUCGGAACAAAAAGGUGUUUGAAAGAAUCAAUCCAACCUCAAACAAGAUUGUGAAGAAGGCACAAGAAGAAUGGAUAGAGUAUGAACUGACAAAGGAAACUGAAAGGGAAGAACCAAGCAAUGCUGCUAUGUCACAACAACAACAACAACAAAGCAGGAGGAAAACAUCAAAGGAAGGAGUCAUCAAGUUGCAUAUUGAUGCAGUAAUAUCUGCAAGAAUGAUAAGAACGAGGCAAGACAUAAUAGCAAGGAACUGGAUAGGAGAAAUUGUGAAGGCAAAAGGGAUAGUACAUCAAAGAAAGAGUGAAGCCAGCAUAGUGGAAGCACUAGCUAUAAGAAAUGCAUUAGUGAUGGCCAAAGAUGCAGGGUGGACCAAAAUAGAGGUCUACACAGACUGCAAAUCAGUGGUGGAUCAAAUCAACACACGCAUUGUAAAUAACUACAACAUUGCAACUGUUUUGGAAGAUAUUCAGGAGUUAAGGCAAUGGUUUCAAAGCUGUAGCUUUUCUUUUGUGCAUAGAGCAGAAAAUAGAUGCAGCCAUGAACUAGCUCAAUUUGCGUCCAAGACAUAG